CCACCCCAUUGUUGAGGGUCAUUAUGGUCUUCUGGCCCACCUGAGAGAUGCUUCCUGAAGGUGUGGCUUGCUGCAAAACUGACUGGGGAUCAGAUUCAGAGCUGGGCUGAAGGAUUCAGGUCAGAACUUUUAAUGUUGGUGUCUCCUUUUCCUCCUCCCUGAUACUCUCAUAGUCUUUGUCCUCACAGUGUGUCUUUCAUCCUUGUUAUUCGUCUUGUGUCCUGUUAGUGGACGAGUUGUGUUGGGUGGAUGUUGUUAGGUCUGAAAUUGAUCAUCGGUUGCUGUUUGUGUUCACACUUUAGUGAACAUCUGUGUAAAAGCUGUGCAUGUUAGAUUCUGUUCAAAAUAGUUGACACCCACCACGUCUGAUGCAGCCAGGACCAAACUGUGCUGCUGACACGUGAAGCUGACAUAAACCAUCACAGCAACAUUAGCUUUACAUCACGCGACUAUUUCAGCAGGAAUACUAACACGUUCCUGUUGGACUCGAGCCCUGGACGAUGAGCCCUAGCUUUAUUUAUCCACGUAGAAGAAAAUUCCAUUAAAUGAAACUGAGGGUGGUAUACGGUUAAAGUGCUGGGAGUCGUUCUGUGGCUCCGCCCCCUAGCGCUACCUGAGCUCCUCGCUCAACUGUCAGUACAGGUAAGGAGUCCGUGGAGAGAGGCAGACGGUGGGAAGCUCAAGUCGGCCAUGGCGGAGUCCCAGCUGGUGUGCAUGGACAACGAGCACGUUAACGAGAAGGUUCCGGAGUCCAGACCGGAGUUCUACUACAGCGAGGAGCAGCGGGCCGCUCUGGAGCAGCUGCUGCGGAACGGAGACGGAGCCUUCAAGAUGCGCCUCCAGCAGGACAACAUCAAGGACUUCCUCAGCGCCAGGGAGGUCAAGUCCAUCCGGAAAACCUUCCAGGAGUACGACACGGACAGCGACUCGGAGUCGGGAGAGCAGGAGAAACCCAGGGAGGCCUCCAGCGCGGACUCCGGGGUCCACUCCACCUACUGGCCUCAGAUGUCCGAUGCUGAGGUCCCCUCUCUGGACAUCGGCUGGCCCGCCAGCAGCGGCGUGUACAAGGGGGUGACCCGGGUGUCGGUGUACACCCACCCCCCCAAAGAGCCGGGGCCGCACAUCAAGGAGGUGGUCCGGAGACUCAUCCAGGGAUCUCACAAGGUGGUGGCCAUCGUCAUGGACCUCCUGACCGACCAGCAGAUCCUCCAAGACCUGCUGGAUGCCUCGUCGCGCCGCGGAGUGGCUGUCUACGUUGUGCUAGAGGCCCGGGGAAUUCCUCACUUCCUGGAUAUGUGCUCCCGGCUGCAGAUUAACGGCAUGCAUCUGCGGAACCUGCGUGUGCGGACGGUGAGAGGUGCCGGGCUCGCCCUCUCCUUUGGAAAGCUGCCUGGUUCCAUGUGCUCCAAAUACAUGCUGGUGGAUGGAGAAAAGGUCAUGUUCGGGUCCUACAGCUUCACUUGGAGUUCUUCUCGUCUGGACCGGAACACGAUCACGGUGAUGUCUGGUCAGACUGUGGACUUCUUUGACAGCGACUUCAGGGAGUUGUACGCUGUGUCUGAUCAGGUCGACCUCUAUCGGGAGUUCAGCAUCACCAAGCCGCCCCUUCCUACUCCAGUUCUGAAGCCAAAGGUGGAGCACAUCCGGCCUUUGCCCGUCUCUAUGUCCCGCUUCCAGGUAUCAGUUGGGGAUUCCAAACAAAUAGACCUGAAGGUACCUGCACACAAGUACCACAAUCCAAAGUAUUCUCUGGUGUUUGGGAAUAGUAUGGGCCUGACGGGCUCCUUACAGGAUCUUUCAACUCAUAAGGACUCAAUGCUGAAUGGGAUAAAUGAGAGAAAUGGCUUCCAGAACAGCUUUCUACAUACCAACAAAGAGAAGGCGGAGCGGGUCUCCCCUUCAAGUCCAGUUUUUUCUGCAGAGCAGGAGGAUGAGGAGGGGAAAGGAGGCCAGAAGAAGAACCAGGCAGGUGGCUUAAAGAGACAGCGCAGCUCCUUCAGGCACUUCCUGAAAGGCAGAGGAGCCAACCACAACACAGAAACUAUAGAGGAGGGCGUGGCCACUCCUCAGAGCCCCACCCCCACUUGUAAAAUGCCCGAGACCAAAGGCAUUACAGGAACUGACCUGGAGGACUCGUUUGAGAAACCAGGACCACUGAAAUCCAAACCCAGGAAACCGUCCAAGCUCCUUCAGAAAAGCGUCUCUCUGCAGACCAUCAACCUGGGAGACGAGGAUGGAGUAAGAAGUCGCCGGCGGCAAUCAAAGAAAAACUGCAUCCAGUCCUGAGAUUACCACACAGAAUCUCUCAUGUUUACUCAAACAGCUGAUUGUAACCUGCUGAUGUCAUUAAUGAGUCAGCUGACCUUGAGCAGCAGUGUGUUUUUGUGAAAAAGCCGUAUGUGGAUCUAAACCUUGCAGCCAAACAUUGUGACAGCUGAGAUUUUACUGCCAAUGUUUUCAUUUUCUAGGUUUUGUAUUAAAUUAUUUGACUGUUGACUGUUUUUCUACCUUAUGUUAUGAACCCAAGCAGCAGACAGGUGUGUUACAUCAUCACAGGCCUUUUAGUGUGGUUACUAUGGGAACAGGAAAAGUGAUCAGUUGUGUCCCUGAGUGUCGCCUUACAGAGGAGCUCUGAGUGUGUUUAAUAGGCUGUGAAUAAUCGAUGAGAAGUGUGUGUGUACUCACACACAUACACACACGUGUUUGAUGGAACAGAAACUGAAGAAAUUACUUUUGUUUUUGGGAUUAAAACUCAGAUUAAUGAUAUUGGACGAAAACAAGUGAGACUUUUACGAACAUGUUGCAGGAACUGGUUCGUGAGACGCGUUUGUUUCUAAUCUGCUUGUUUUUAUUUUUGUUUCUGUGACAAAAGGCAUCUACAUCCUCGAGAGUGGUAAUUUAAUUAAUUGAGUGUUAAUUGAACUGAAUGUCUUUAACACCUUAAUGGGAUUCUAACACUGAACUUAAACACCAUUUCUGUAGAAUCACAUUUAUUUACUCUGUCUGUUUGCAUCAGUCUGAAGAAUAAAAGGAAAUAAUUUUGUUUAUUUAAAUGUGUUUGCAUAGAACUUUUUAAAAUACCUUUCUCUGUCUUCUGGUUGCCUGUUUAAAAACACACAUUUUGAAUCAUUUUUUAAGUAUUUCUUUUAAAAGCAAAGUUGGUUAUUUUUUAAUUGUUUUUUUAGACAACAACAGGAUGAAAUCCCCACUUUGUGAACAUUCAGACUGGGAAUAAUUCAAUAAAUAAUCGUUUCUCUGUG